AUGACCGAUCUUAAGAAAAAUAUUCCCAAAGGUGCCUUGGUGAUUGUUACUGGUGUGACUGGUUUUGUGGGAUCUCACAUUGCAAAAGCCCUGCUCGAGCGCGGAUACAGAGUUCGCGGGACCGUGCGAGAUGUAGAAAAAGCUGCCUGGCUUGUUAAGAGCGUCCUGAAGGAUUAUGCCGACACUGGUAGAUUCGAAUUUUGCUACAUCCCUGAUAUAGCGGCAACCAAAGCCUAUGAUGAGGCUAUCCAGGGAGUCUCAGCUAUCGCCCAUGUAGCCAGCAUCCUUAGCAUGGAUCCAGACCCGACGAAAGUCAUCCCAGCAACUGUCGCCGGCGUUACUUCGAUCCUCAAUGCAGCGAUGAAGGAGCCAUCGGUCAAGUCCUUUGUAUAUACAAGCUCUCUCGGCGCCGCAACAAUGCUUGCACCUGGCAAUGAAGCUUAUGUUACGAAAGGCACCUACAACGACUUCGCUACCAAGGCUUCUUUGGCGCCCCCUCCUUAUGAAGCUGGGCGCGGUAUGCUCACCUACAUGGCCAGCAAAGUAGCAGCUGAGAAGGCGCUGUGGAAAUUUGCUGAACAGCAGCGACCGCAUUUUACAAUUAGUUCUGUGGUGCCGUCAGUCAUUAUAGGAGAGGCGCUCAACAAGGUUCAUAACGAAGGCGACGGGGCCUGGGUGAGGACUUUGUAUGACGGUAAUACAGUUUUCUGGAAUUCAAUGCCUGCUAUCUUCGCUGUUGAUGUCAAGGAUGUGGCUGCAAUUCACUUUGCCGCCAUCUUGGAUCCCGAAGUCGCAAACGCGCGCCUCCAUGUCUGGGGUCACAAAUGCAAUGCCAAUGAUCUUUUGACCAUUAUGCGUAAAAACUACCCGCAUCACGAGUUGAUCGAUGAUCUAGCAAAUCAGACUGUAUUGAGUAUCUCUGCCGACUUCAGCGAGCCGCUUGCGCUGUUAAAGAAAUGGACAGAUCAGAAUGGAUGGAGGCCAUUGGAAGAUUCUGUUGUGGAAAACCUUCACUACAACCUCAAAGGCCUCGACUUGUAUGGUAGCAUAUCAAAGCGUAGAUUUUCUGAAACGUCAUCCUUCUUAGAUGAUCACUACAGCUAUUAGUCCUUUAACAAUUCCUUGACAAUAGGAAACACAAAUUACGUCAAUGCC